AUGCAGAACCAGCUUAUUCUGCAAUUUGAAUACCACCUGCAGUCAACCCGCCUUCCUCAGCUUGUGCUGCCCACCGCCAGCAUAAUGGCUGCUCUCUCCUCCGUAACUGCGGCAUCCGCCGCUUCCGCGUUCGUCGGCUCGAGCGCGGAGCUCGCGGCGAAGGUCCGCAACGUGGAGUGUCGCGUCACGAUGCGCAAGACCGUCAGCAAGGUCGCUGACAACCUGAGCCAGUGGUACGGCCCGGAUCGCAGCCUCUUCCUCGGCCCGUUCAGCUCGCCGCCCGCGUACCUGAAGGGCGAGUUCCCCGGCGAUUACGGGUGGGACACUGCGGGACUAUCAGCGGAUCCCGAGACGUUCGCCAAGAACCGCGAGCUGGAGGUGAUUCACUCGCGCUGGGCCAUGCUCGGCGCGCUUGGCAUCGUCUUCCCCGAGCUGCUGGCGCGCAACGGCGUGCCGCUGCAAGAGGCGGUGUGGUUCAAGGCGGGCGCGCAGAUCUUCUCCGAGGGCGGGCUCGACUACCUGGGCAACCCCGCGCUCAUCCACGCGCAGAGCAUCCUCGCCACGCUCGCCGUCCAGGUGGUGCUGCUGGGCGCGGUGGAGAGCUACCGCGUGGGCGGUUUGGAGGGGUUCCAGGAGGUUGAAGACCCAAUCUACCCGGGCGGCGCGUUCGACCCGCUGGGGCUGGCGGACGAUCCCGACGCGGCGGCGGAGCUGAAGGUGAAGGAGCUGAAGAACGGGCGCCUGGCGCAGGUGUCGGCGCUGGGCUUCUUCGUGCAGGCCAUCGUGACGGGCAAGGGGCCCCUCGAGAACCUCGCGGACCACCUCGCCGACCCCACCGCCAACAACGCGUGGGCCUACGCGCAGAACUUCGUCCCUGGCGCGUAG